UUAAAAUUUUUACUAGUACUGGCGGCGAUCAGCAACUUAUAGUGGGAGUGCGGGAUUGCGGCGGGUAUUCGUACACUGGUGGGAACUGACUUGGUGUCACUGACAUCCCCAGUGACACCAAUACAGUGAUCAGUGCUAAAAAAAAAAGCACUGACACUGUACUAAUGGCACUGGGCAGGAAGGGGUUACCAUGAGGGGCGAUCAAAGGGUUAACUGUGUGCUAUGUGCUGUUUUACUGUGUGCUGUGUGUGUAUGCUUCACUGUAAGCACACUGCUUUGCAUGGCUCUGUUAUGCAAAGCCAUGCAUAGCAGUGUGCAGGAGCUCAAAAAUAGUCCUCCUCCCCGUCGGAGAUGC